GCAACAAUGACUUCGUGCAACAAUGCACGAAAAGCAUUUUGAACGCCCAAAAAACAACAUUUGCGCACCUUUAUCGAUGCUAAUAAUGUUGCCUACCGGUGUUGCGUCCCUCUCUUUUUCCUCACUCUAUCCCUCUCCAAGCCCCCAAUUUUGACAAAGCUAUAAUUGUAACGGUUCUGGCGAGUAGGCAAGAAUGUGUUUACUGCACAAGAAGAACUCCGGGAGCAGAAAGGCAGUUCACGAACGCCAACUAAUAGCUCCAUUCUGCCCCCUGCUGGAUCCUGGCCAUUCGUUUCCAGGGAGAGAAAGUCAGGCGAAAGCUAAGCUCAGGAGGAUCCCUCGCGACCAUUUGCACGGGAGACACCAAGAGAGAAGCAGAGGCGGUAAACAUUAUCCAGACACGGGUCCUGGCGCCUUCCAAAAGGGCGAGACCAACCUCUGCAAACCCCGCAUUUUGCAGGCGAGCACGACUUCAUCGCAGACUGUGCAGAUCGUCGUGGGGGCUAUAGAGAUAUGUUUUGGAGUUGCCCUGACAGUAGCACAAGAAGAUUCAAAGACCCUGACUGUGAAGAGUGGGCUCUACUUCUGGUUCGGGAUCUUGCUCCUGAUCUCUGGGUCAUUGUUGGUAGAAAUGGAGAAAAGAGAUCUUCAAUGGCUGAUGAAAGCUAGUUCCGCUGCCAACUUGCUAGUUUGUGUUGCUGCAUUGGUUGCUGUAAUCCUCCAUAGUACUGAGAUUGCACAAACCCAUCAACAAGGAGAUUUGUGUGGCGAUUCUGAUAUGCAUUAUGGUUAUUGCUUCAGUUCUGUUAAGACGCUGAUAUAUGGUCUGAACGCGGUGUUUAUCAUCUUUUCGGUUCUUGAACUGUGCAUAGCUGUCGCUGCCCUGGUAGUUGGAUCCAGAUCUGCACAACAACUCCUCUAUCGGCAGAUGGCAUCGUGAUAAGGCUUCUCUUGGCACUUCUUGGCACACCAUUUGCAGCAAUUAUAGCAAUCUCUCUUGCUUAGAGCUACGCAGCUGUGAACUUCUUGCAGAUACUUCACCUUUUCCAAGAUGGACUGCAGGAAUCCUGCUAAUCUCUUGCCUGGCUUUCUUUAGAAAGAGAAAACAAACUAUAAACUUGCCUGUGACCCUCCUCUAUGGGUCCUGCCACAUAAGCUGAAAAGAAGGUUUUCCAAAUCCAAGACUUCUCUUCACUUUUGUGCAUUAUCAAGAAAGGGAAAUCUCUGUACCUUUUAAAAAGUUUCCAUUUUGGGCCUUUCCUGUGUGUUUCUGGAAGACAACAGUCUGAUCUCUAAAUUCUCCUGGGUUUGGUGAGGAGAGAGAGCCCAAACAGAUUGUCUGCGCUUAUUCCAACAUGAAAUUUAGGUUUGUGGUAAUGAAAUGGACACUGUGGUGAUGAUGAGACUCAUAUAAGCACACACUAUAUUGGAAGGGAAAGUGCUGUGAAUUUUUUGAGAAAAUAUCUAGCUCUUUGAGCUGGUUAGAAAACUGCUUGUGGAUCUUCCUGCAGGGAAAACUGAUGUGGGUUUUUAUUGAAUGCACAACACAUAUUCUUCCACAGGAACAGUUCACAUUAAAUCAAGCAUUCUCACACUGGAAAACAUUUCAUCAGCAUCUCAGCCUGUCUGCAACCAGAGAAGAAAGAUAGAUUAAGUCUUCGCCCACAUACCAAACGCUAUAUCCCUUUCAUUCUUCAGGUUGCCCUGGUACCCGAAUGCAGCAGUCUUGUACACACCUGGGAGUACAUCUCAUUGAACCCAAUUGAUCUUACCUCUAAGUAGACAUGCAUACAAUUGCACUGUAAUGCUGCAAUCUUAUGGACGCUUAAUCUCGGAAUAAAUACCAGUGAAGAAUGUGACUUCUUUCUGAGUGUAUAGAAUCAGGGGCAGUUAAGGGAAGAAGAAUACAAUGUUCUCUUUUACCUCUCCAGAGCACAAUCAGACUUUCUGAUGGGCUUCUGAGCCACAGCAUGCAAAUGGCUCAGUCCCUGGCAUCUCCAGACAGAAACUACUGUCUGAAACCUUGAAAAUCUGCUCUCAGUCACUUUAGACAAUAAUGAGCUAGAAAGGUCAACAUUCUGACUGGUAUGAAAAAGCUUCCAAUCUUCCUACAUGUUGGUUCCCCUUGGUUCCCACAGCGAUGUUUCUUAGACAGCUGAAAAUCUGCCUGAGAAAAUUCACUAGAGGUAAGAUUACGAUAGCUCACCUCUACUGUAACUGGGAGGCGGUUACUUCAUGAAAGUACUCAAUAGAUUAUGAAAGAGAUGCUGUUAAAAAAAAGUUAUGCAGAAACAUCAUCUAGAGACUUAAAGGUUGAUAUUUGAAAGAGAGAGAUCUGCUUAAAUUUGUUUUAUUUUGUUACAGUAUAAAAAGGGAUGGGAUCAAAGAGUAAUAAGAUGCACUGAUGAUGUGUUGCAUUUGUAACAACUGAGAUGUUGACCAAAGUGCAAUAGGUAGGACAGUGUGACAGAUUCCGUAUUCAUAGCAUGCAAACAAGUUUGUCAAAGCUUGUCCACAUUGUUAUAUCAUACAGUAUUAUUUCCAAAGGCAGAAAAAAAUGUUUAAAUCUUUGUGGGGCAGUUUGAGCAAUCAGCAGAAUUAAGUCAAAAAGGCUGUUUCUGGGGGACAAGGUUGAAUAGUUCUUCCUAAGGUGCUAGUUUUGUAGUUGCAAGGAAUUGUUCAGUUUGGGGAGCAUUCGAGAAUGCCAGUGCUAUCACCACUCUACAUCCUAAAAGCAUACCUACCAGGUAGGGAACGCGUAGCGCUGUGGUCUAAACCACUGAGCCCCUUCGGGUUGCUGAUUGGAAGGUUGGCAGUUCAAAUCCCCACGACAGGGUGAGCUCUUGUUGCUCUGUCCCAGCUCCUGCCAACCUAGCAGUUCAAAAGCACACCAGUGCAAGUAGAUAAAUAGGUACUGCUGUGACAGGAAAGUAUACGGCGUUGCCAUGUGGUCUGGCUUCCGUCAUGGCAGCGGUUUAGACGUGCUGGCCACAUGACCUGGAAAGUUGUCUAUAAACAAACACUGGCUCCCUUGGCCUGAAAGCAAGAUUAGCGCCACACCCUAUCGUCACCUUUGACUGGACUUAGCCAUCCAGGGGUCCUUUACCUUUUUUUACCUACCAGGAUAGGCUUUAUAACUUGAUUUCUCAGUGAAUUCACUGUGCUGGGUGUAGGCAGGCCAUCCUCUCAGACGUAUUAUUGAAAAAAAGAAAAAAGAGCCCAGAGUCCAUAUAAUGACUGUGCACACUUUAGGAGACAUCAUCAUUAUUAUUAUUUAUUGGAUUUAUAUAUUGCCCUAUACCUGGAGAUCUCAAGGCAGUUCACAGAACAAAAUCAAAAUGAAAAACCACAAAAUAUAUGAUCAAAAUAAAAACAGCCCAUGUGUUAGUUUUUCUAUUGUUGUCAUUUUUUUUAUAGCAGUGAAACUGAAGAGCAAGCACUUGUUUUAAAAGAAAAUACCAAUAAAAGAGAGCCUUUCAAUUUAUAACCAAGUAUAUAAAGAUGAAUUGUUGCAUCCAUUUAAAGUAUGUAUGGAAAUAAGCUCCUAUUCUAAACUACUGCACAUAUAUAUUUUUUGGAGAAAUAUAUUGCUGGCAUUGUGUGUUUAUCAGAAUCUUUUUGUGUCUAGUCCAAAUCAACUUUCUAGUUUUUAUAUAGUAUCUCAGGUCUGACUAUUGAAUUGAAUGUUGUUAUACAUCACCUGCCAUGUGCCUUCUGCAUUCAGACUAAAAUAUCUUUUGGUGUGUGAAGUGGUUUGUUAAUAAAUUUCAAUGCUUCCCCGUG